AUGGCGGGCACGCCUGGCGCCGCUGGCACCCCUGGCACCCCGGACAGCGAGGCCCCCGAGCUCUCCCCGCCCUGCAGUCCGAGCUAUGAUCUUACGCUCAAGGUGAUGCUUCUGGGAGACUCAGGCGUCGGGAAAACCUGUUUCCUGAUCCAAUUCAAAGACGGGGCCUUCCUGUCCGGGACCUUCAUAGCCACCGUCGGCAUAGACUUCAGGAACAAGGUGGUGACUGUGGAUGGGGUGCGGGUGAAGUUACAGAUCUGGGACACCGCAGGGCAGGAGCGGUUCCGCAGUGUCACCCAUGCUUAUUACCGAGAUGCCCAAGCCUUGCUCCUGCUGUAUGACAUCACCAACAAGUCUUCCUUCGAAAACAUUCGGGCCUGGCUCACCGAGAUUCAUGAGUACGCCCAGAGGGAUGUGGUGAUCAUGCUACUAGGCAACAAGGCAGAUGUGAGCAGUGAGAGAGUGAUACGUUCGGAGGACGGAGAGACGCUAGCCAGGGAGUACGGAGUUCCCUUCAUGGAGACCAGCGCCAAGACGGGCAUGAACGUGGAGUUAGCCUUUCUGGCCAUUGCCAAGGAGCUGAAAUACAGAGCCAGGCAGCAGGCUGACGAACCCAGCUUCCAGAUCCGAGACUACGUGGAGUCCCAGAAGAAGCGGCCCAGCUGUUGCUCCUUCUUGUGAAUCCCAAGGGGCUCAGAGAAGGCUCCAGAGGCCCACAGUAUGCAGCCUUCUCCCCCAGAUCUGGUUGAUUCUGAGCAGCUGAGCCAAUGGGGAGAGAGUUGGGGGCCCAGUGCACAGCCCUUUCCCAACUGGGGGCUGUACCCUCCACCCCUACCCUAGUUCCUGUACCUUCCCUG